AUGUAUCGCAGCGUAUACUGGAACGUUCAUGAGCCCAUAUCUCGGCUUCAGAAUGGACGAAUUCUGAAUCCGAGGACACCGUUCGAUUCAGCUCGACGAGACGCAUCAUCUUAUAAAUGUGUAGCAGAUAUGUUAGACUUUAUCGUAUACCGUUUUCGGCUAAUCAGGAGCGAAUUUACGAAGAAUCUGACGUGCCGGCCCCACCAAUCACGUCACUCACCGUCGCAACAAGCACCAAGGAAAUUGCCAACUCGUCCAGAUGCGGAUAUCGUACUGGUUUUUUUCAAGCAAAUUUAUUUUCGCUUUGUUUAUAUGCGCACGCAAACCGAACGGUCAUUGAGGACGAGAACGGAGGCGUAUUGUAAUUUGCAAGAUCUGUUCUCGGAAAUUCUUUCAAGCAAAGAGCCAGUUUCUCUGUCUCUCCCAAAUGUUUGGCUCUGGGAUAUUAUAGACGAGUUCGUAUACCAGUUCCAAGCAUUCUGCCUCUAUAAAGCAAAUCCUCAAAAGAGAAGUGUUGACGAAGUCGAUGAGCUGAUCAGCAUUGAAGAAGCACAAAAUGCUUGGAACAUCUACCCAGUGUUGAACAUACUGUACUCUUUGCUUUCGAAGUCGCAGAUCAAUGAGCAGCUGGCGGCCAUCAAAGCGCGAAAGAAUCCCGACACUGUAGCAGACGAAUUCGGUCAAUCUCCGCUUUAUUUCAAACUAGGUUACUUUUCUUUGAUUGGGCUCUUGAGAACACAUGUGCUUCUUGGGGACUAUCAUCAAGCACUGAAGACCGUUGCCAACGUGGAGUUCGACGCAAAGGGUCUCUACAAUACCGUCCCAUCAUGUCUUGUCACCUUGCACUACUUCGUUGGCUUCUCUCAUAUGAUGAUGAGGAACUAUGGUGAAGCAACGAAAAUGUUUGUGAAUUGUUUGAUGUUCAUCCAAAGGACAAAGUCUAUCCAGGUCCAACAACAAAAACAGAAGAAUUUCCAGUAUGAUGUGAUCGGAAAAACCUACGAGCAGCUCUUCCAUCUUCUGGCCAUCUGCCUAGCAAUCCAACCCCAACGAAUUGAUGAAGCAAUAGCAUCGCAACUAGCUGAACGUUGUGGCGAUCGCAUGUCGCGGAUGGCAAAUGGAGAUCUUGACGAGUUCCGUCUGGCCUUCCAAACCGGUUGUCCCAAAUUCCUGUCGCCAACCACUGUUGUAUACGAAGGGUCAAACCUUUCGAAGGAACCACUUUUGCGGCAGUCUCAAGCGUUUUUGGAGGGAGUUGAAGCACAGAUGGCUCUGCCAGUCUUGCGUGGCUAUCUGAAACUGUACACUUCCUUGCCUACAAAGAAACUGGCAUCAUUUAUGGAUGUAGAUGAUGCAAGCUAUGAUUCUUUCCUUGGAAAAUUGUUGACGUACAAGAUGAUAGUGAAUGAACUUGGAAAAGAUUCAAUAGCUGCGCCAAAUGAUGAUGACGAACCUAACACGGACAUAGAUUUCUAUGUUGAUAAGGACAUGAUUUGUAUUGCGGAUACGAAGGUGGCAAGACGUGUUGGAGAACAUUUUAUUCGCCAUAUGCAGAAACUUCAUGAGGUUCAAAAAUUGCUGAAGAAAUUGGAGAAUAAGCCCUAGUUAUUAGUUUUGAUUUGCUUCCGGUUGUCGUUUGUUCUAUGCCUAUCGUUGAUAUGUGUUGUCUGUUUCUUUUCUGAUGCGAUUGUCAUUUUGUAAUAAACUUGUUGAGGUGGGACACGAA